CCCUGGAGCCCCAGCUCCCAGGAAAGGCCCUCCUCCUCCUCCUCCUCCGCGCCUGCCUCCCUCCCUCCCUGGGCUCUUUCUCUCUCCUCCUUCUUCCCUUCUUCCUUCCUUCCGUCCUUCCUUUCCGGCUGCCUCCGCCCUGCAGCGCCGCCAACCCCGGCCGGCCUCCGCUGGCCUCCCUCCCAGGAGCCCUCGCCCUUCCUCGGCCCCAGACACACCGAGACCCUCCCCAUCAUGCCCCCCGGCCGCCCCUGAGCCACCCUUCUCCGGCUCCGGCUCCGGCUCCUGGCCCUUCUUCCGCAGGCGAGGCCAGGCGGCGAUGGAGUCCCAGUGCGAUUACUUCAUGUACUUCCCGGCGGUGCCCUUCCCGGCCCGGGAGGUGCUGAUGGGCGAACCGGGCCGGUACCGGGCCCUCCCGCGGCGGAACCACCUCUACCUGGGCGAGACGGUCCGCUUCCUGCUGGUCCUGCGCUGCCGCUCCUGCUCCUCGUCUUCGGGGGGCUCCCGGGCGCCUUGGGGGGAGCUGGCCGGCUCCCUCUCGGCCCUGGCCAGCGUCAGUCCGGGGGCCGGGGCGGGGGGCGAGGCCGCGGCGGAGCCUCUCCUGCUCGGGGACCCGGAGGAGCCGCAGGAGGAGCAGGGGCCCCGCCGCCAGCCGCCUUUGGGGGCCGCCGAGGGCGAGGGGGCCGCGGCGGGUGGGGGUCCCUCGGCGGCCUCCUCUUCGUCCUCCUCGGCCCCCGCCGCCUCGGGCGCCCCCCGGAGCCCCUUCCGCCAAUGCCGGGCGCUGCUGACCCACGGCCACGGAGCCUCGGGGAAGCCCCCCGCCGGGGUGCCCCUCGAGGAGCCCAUCGUCUCGACGGACGAGGUGAUCUUCCCCUUGACCAUCUCGCUGGACAAGCUGCCCCCGGCCACCCUCAAGGCCAAGAUCGUGGUGACCGUCUGGAAGCGGGACCAAGAGAAGGCCGAGGUCAGGGAGCGCGGCUACCUGAGCAUCCUACAGGACCGGGCCCCUUCCCAGACCUUCCGCGAGGAGCAAGGCGCCUUCAAGGCCCAAGUGAGCACCAUGCUGACGGUCCUGCCGCCCCCGGAGGUCAAAUGCCAGCAGCUCAACGUUUCAGGGAAACACUUGACGGUGCUCAAAGGUGGGGAGCCUC